UAUGAGCAGGAAAUGGGACUCAAACUCUUCAGAAAACUGGAAUCACACCUGGAGUAGCAAUGACACACAGCAUCCCUGGUACUCUGAUAUCAACAUCACCUAUGUGAACUAUUAUCUUCACCAGCCUCAAGUGGCAGCGAUCUUCAUUAGUUCCUACUUCCUGAUUUUUUUCCUGUGCAUGGUGGGAAAUACUGUAGUUUGCUUUAUUGUAAUAAGGAACAAACACAUGCACACUGUGACUAAUUUCUUCAUCUUAAACCUGGCAAUAAGUGAUUUACUGGUUGGAAUAUUCUGCAUGCCUAUCACAUUGCUGGACAACAUCAUAGCAGGAUGGCCAUUUGGAAGCAGCAUGUGCAAGAUCAGUGGGCUGGUGCAGGGAAUAUCAGUCUCCGCUUCAGUCUUUACCUUGGUUGCCAUAGCCGUGGACAGAUUCCGGUGUGUGGUCUACCCCUUUAAGCCAAAGCUCACUAUCAAGACAGCAUUUGUCACUAUUGUGAUCAUCUGGGGCCUGGCCAUCGCCAUUAUGUCUCCAUCUGCAAUAAUGUUACACGUACAAGAAGAAAAAUACUACCGUGUGAGACUGGGCUCCCACAAUAAAACCAGCACAGUCUACUGGUGUCGGGAGGACUGGCCGAACCAGGAAAUGAGGAGGAUCUACACGACUGUGCUGUUUGCCACCAUCUACCUGGCUCCGCUGUCCCUCAUUGUUGUCAUGUAUGCACGGAUUGGGGCUUCCCUCUUCAAGACUUCAGCAAAUUGCGCCGGAAAGCAGCGCCAGGAGCAGUGGCAUGUAUCCAAGAAGAAACAGAAGGUCAUCAAGAUGCUGUUGACUGUGGCCCUCCUUUUUAUGCUUUCUUGGCUGCCCCUAUGGACUCUGAUGAUGCUCUCAGACUAUGCUGACCUGUCUCCUAACAAACUGCGUGUCAUCAACAUCUACAUCUACCCCUUCGCCCACUGGCUUGCCUUUUGCAACAGCAGUGUCAACCCCAUCAUUUACGGUUUCUAUAACGAAAAUUUUCGCAGUGGUUUCCAAGAGGCAUUCCAGAUCUGCCAAAAGAAAACCAAACCCCAGGAAGCCUAUGUCCUAAGAGCUAAAAGCAACAUGGUCAUAAACACAUCUGGCCUGCUGGUCCAGCAACCUGCAUCUCAAAACCUAGGUGGGGAACAUUUGAUGUGUGGAAAAAGUGCUGAAAAUCCCACACAGGAAUCCCUGGUGGAAGACAUGAGAGAAGCUACUAAUAGUACUGAGGUUUAAAAAGAGCACAGGGAAGGGAGGGACAGUGUUAUGUAGUAUGUGAGUAUGGAUAUGUCUUUAAAUACUGCUGCUUAGUGUGGCUUUGCAUUUCUAAUAUUCUGGUGAAAGCCCAUUUUGUCAAAAAUCUGAAGGUAUAAAAAUGGCCUUCCUAACCAGUCUUAUGGUACAUGAAAUAUUCAGUGACUUUCAUAUUUGCCUGAAAAUUUUCACAAUCUGACCAUUCCCACUUUAACCAUUGGUUUUAUGCGAGCCAAGUAAAUCAAAUGUGUUUGU